UUUUUAAGGAAUAAAUGUGUCGCUCACUGCUGUUGAAUUUAAAAAAGAACUGGAAUCAAUUGAAGGAAUCGGUUCGUUAGAAGUAUCUAAGAUCGGAGACUGUGCAAACUUUCAUGUUAUUACGAGGUUUAUUACACUGCCAGGAAAUCUUCCACAAAUGAGGGCAAAUUUUAGCCAGUUAAAGGGCCUACAAGUAUCUGGAAGCAUUAUAACAGAUUUGUAUGGUGGACUCAACUACAAUCCACUCAUGGGUGACAUGGUUUCUACAGUACAUCAACUACCGCAAGUUAGACUAUUUAUCAAUGAUGUCCCAACUUCAUGUACAGGCAACUGCUCUUUUCAAUGGAUUCAAACAAUAACCCCGGUCAUAACUGAAGUGAACCCACGAUCUGGAUCUGAGGCUAAAGCAACAUCUAUUGAUAUAUCCGGUUCAGGUUUGAGCACAAACGUUACCCAUGCUUAUGUUAGUAUUGGUGGUGUGGAAUGUAAAGUGACAACAGUUCGAAUAGACAGUAUCUCUUGUAAUGUAGGUGCCGGCCCCUUAGGCUCCUAUCCUAUCCUUGUCAAUAUCGCUGGCAAAGGUCGGGCUAUAGGAAACGUUCAUUUUACAUAUAUAUCAGAAAUAACUGAAAUAAGUCCAACUUCUGGCAGCAUAGGAGGUGGACUGAAUCUAACGAUAACAGGGUAUGGUUUCAACAAAAAUGUUACCAUUUUAAUAAAUGGAAAAGAUUGUAUCGUGACAAGUGUGACCUUUACUAAGAUCAUCUGCAUUAUUCCGCCAUCUAAUGUAAGUGGUAUAUUUGAUGUUCACGUGACUCAUGGUUCAGGGAUAAAGGUGACACCAAUUUAUGAAUAUGAAUACAAACUGUCAAAAACAGCUAUUGUGAGCAGUAUUGCACCCGCUACAGUAAAUGUUACAGGUGGAAAACUAACAAUCCUAGGAGAAUCCUUUACAAAUGAACAAAAUUUUGUUGUGGUUGGAUCGGAAUUGGCAAGUGUAUCAUUUUGGUCUGACACCCGCAUUGAACUGAUCAUCGGGGAAAUUGAUAAAGGAUGGAAUGUGAUAAAAAUAGGUGCACAGUAUGGAUUCGCAAUAAAUGGAACAAGUUUUCAACUCCCAAGGAUUUAUGUAGAUCUGAAAGUUACACAAGUCUAUCCGCUGCAGGGCUCAUUAUUUGGUGGAACUGUACUUACUAUCGCAGGCUCAGGAUUUGGAAAUAAUAUUUCAAACGUUAACGUUACAAUCGAAACAACUAAAUGUCACGCUAUCAAUGUAACAAAUUUUGAAAUCGUUUGUCAGUUAGAAUUCACCGGCAUAACUCACUUUGUUACAAACAAAGGAGUAGACCCAGCAUUUGGCGCGUUUUAUGCAUUCGAUAAGCCUCAUAUCAAUAUAACUGUUGGAGACUACGUGCAAUGGUCAUGGGAAACACCUGCAUUUGUGAACAAUGUAACACAUUCAAUUAUUGAAAUAGAAAAUCCAAGCUCUGUGACUCAAAAGAAGGACGGUUUUAGCAGUGGGGUACCUACAAGAAAUGGUAUAUUCAGGCACCAGUUUUUGAAGAAGGGCAGAUAUUAUGUUUGGAGCGGAUUUGUAGAUAUAUGGUUUAUCAAAAAUUACGUUGGUACAAUUGAAGUUCUCGACAAACGUUCAACAACGUCAUCAUUGAGUGUUCGAGUUGGUGAAGCAGAAGCUACUCAUGACAUUGGAGGUGUUCUUAAAAUGGAAGACGACACUGUUUGUAAACACACUAUUACACAAAGAUCUGGCUGUUUUGAAGAGAUCCCAGUGACUCAAGCGAAAAAAGUCAGUUACACGUUUUCGUCAUGCAGUACCCCAAUCAUAAAUUCAAUUAAUUUGAAUAAUGGUACAUUUGAUACAGAAAUUAAAAUCAGCGGAGAUGGAUUUUCUACUAAAGAAUGUCAAAACGAAGUGAAGUUUGGCAGUUUUAUAUGUAACAUUACAUCUGCACACGAAAACUCAUUGACAUGUAAAAUUGACAGUAACUCAAGGCCAGAAAUAUAUGUGCUACAUCAACUUCACGCUAGAGUAAACAAUAGAGGUUUUGCUCAAAUAAAUAUUUCAGAUUUAGGAAAAAGUGGUUUUGCUAUUAAACCAAGUAUUAAAUCUAUCACUCCUAUUCGCGGAUCAUUAGCAGGUGGGGCGCGCCUAACAAUAAAGGGAUAUGGAUUUGAUGGUUCGCCAUUUAUUACAAUUGGUGGAUACGACUGCAAAAUCACCGAAUAUUCUUAUAAUGAGAUAAUUUGUGAGACCCCUCCUUCAAACACAGAAGAAAGGAAAGACGUUUUGGUGUUUGUAUACAUUGGAAAUACCUCAAUACAAUCCGAAUGCGAAACAAUGUUUGAAGAAUGUACAUAUAGCUAUAAUUCCUCUUUGACUCCCGUAAUGUUAGACGUUAAACCAAAAGUAUUCUCGCCAAAAAACCCUUUCACUAUAACCGGUUCAUUGUUAGGUAAUAUCACAGAGGAACUUGAUGUCACAUUUGGCAAUGUUUCAGCGAAAAUAAUUGAAGCAAACGAAACAUACGUCAUAGCAAAAGUUGAUAAUAUUCCUGCUGGUAAUAAUAGUGUAAUAAUUAGGGUUAAAGAUUAUGGUAAGGCAUCGGGAAAGUUGGAAGUUCAUGGACCAUUGAUAGUCAACGAUUUGUAUCCGCUAUCCGGCAGCAUAUAUGGUAACACAACUGUUACCAUUUUUGGAAACGGGUUUCUAAGAAAUAAUUUAACGAUUUCUUUCGGUGACAUUAAUUGCACACUACUGUCAUCAAACUUGUCACAUAUAAUAUGCUUAACCAAACCUCAUAAAGCCGGCUCAGUAGACGUGUCUUUGUCUUCAAAUGGAUUAACGGCUAACUAUUCCUCCUUCCGAUUUACAAAAGAAUCAUCACCAACGGUAACAUCUGUAAGCCCAAAAUCGGGAUUUUCAGGAGACACUUUAACAAUCUCAGGUUCAAAUUUACAAGGUCAAUAUACCAGUGUAUCCUUAAAUAAAGCAAAAUGUGAAGUCAUUUCUGUAGAUACUGACGAAAUCAAAUGUUUAAGUGGUAAUCAUCCAACAGGAAAGGUCAACAUAUCUGUACUAGUUGCUGACUUUGGAGUAUCAAACACAGAUAUUCAAUUUGAGUACCAGCUGAGUCUUUUAGAAAUUACACCAACUCAAGGUAAUCUUCAAUAUUUUUAUAACUAA